GCCCCAAUAACGGGGAAAGAAGAUCCGAUUUCGCGUUAUUCGGGUCGACUAUGUCGUGACUUUAGCACGGCUUCAUCAUAUGGAGGUCCUCACGCCGAGCUAACGGCCCCCCGCCAUGGAUGUGUGCUGAACUGCGUGUCGUCUCCUUCAAUAACAGGACAAAAUCCUUCCUAAUGCAUUACAAAACCCUAAAUUUUAUCAAACAAUCGCUUCAGCGAGUCGCAGAUCCUUAGAGCUGGUAGGAUUGAGGUUAGCAAUUUUCCGAUGUUUUGUUGCCGUUUAGCACGAAUAUCAGCUCUGCCUGCGUGCGUGUGCGCUUGUGUGCGCGUAAAAACAAACAGGAAAGAAAAGAAAUGUUUGUUUGGGAAUUGGUGAAAGGAAGCAAAACGCUCUCAUGUCCAAUUAAUGGCUCCUAGCUGUGAAUGGCUAACCUGAAGAAAUAAAAUAAUUCCAUGUUUAUUAGAUCAAUGGCUGCUACAGAAGCAGUUCUGCAAAUUCCCUGUGGGGUUGUGCCUGGCCUUUGUCAUUUGGAUUCAUAUUUUAACAAGUCAUGUUCAAUUCAUAGCUUCAAAUCCCAAGUAAGAAGUAUAAGGAAAAAUGCUCUUGAGAGCACACUGCAACAAAAAUGUUCGAGUGGGCUUCGAAGUUGUGGGAGGAUUUAUGCUCGACAAGAUGUGCAUGGCCUUCAACAAAAAUGUUCGAGUAGGCUUUGGAGUUGUGGGAGGAUUUAUGCUCGACAAGAUGUGCAUGGCCUUUCUAAUGGAAAUACUCCAGUCAACAGGUUGGAUUCUUUAAGUUGCAACUGCCGACCUGUUGGAAGUGUUAGUGGAGUAACUGCAGAGGAUGGAAAUGGGGCGUUUAUUAUUAGGGAAUCAAAUAAAUCAAAUCCUACUCUCAUGAAUGGUGUGACUCCUGAUUCAAAUGUUCCAGAGUUUGAUCCAAUUAAACAAUUGAAAAAUGAAACAGAGAGAUCUUUGUCAAAGAGUAAGCUUGCUGCUGCUGGAAAAAUUAUUGAUGGAUUGGGAAGGGCUAAUGUAAAUUCCAUUGAGGAUGAAGCUUGGAAUCAACUGCGUGAAUCUAUUGUUUUUUAUUGUGGUAAUCCGGUUGGAACAAUUGCUGCAAAUGACCCAAGUGAUUUGAGCAUUCUAAACUAUGAUCAAGUCUUCAUUCGUGAUUUUAUACCUGCUGGCAUGGCUUUCCUUCUGAAGGGCGAGUAUGAUAUUGUACGGAACUUCAUCCUUUGCACCCUUCAACUGCAGAGCUGGGAAAAAACCAUGGACUGCCAUAGUCCUGGUCAAGGACUGAUGCCUGCCAGUUUCAAAGUGCGCACUGUUCCACUUGAUGGCGAUGAUUCUGCAACCGAGGAUGUGUUGGAUCCUGAUUUUGGUGAGGCAGCUAUUGGCCGUGUUGCUCCAGUUGACUCUGGACUGUGGUGGAUCAUAUUGUUACGAGCAUAUGGAAAAUUCUCUGGGGACUUUUCAGUUCAGGAGAGAGUUGACGUGCAAACUGGAAUUAAAAUGAUUCUGAAGCUCUGUCUUUCUGAUGGUUUCGAUAUGUUUCCAACUUUAUUGGUGACAGAUGGUUCAUGCAUGAUUGAUCGACGCAUGGGGAUUCACGGCCACCCUUUGGAAAUUCAGGCACUGUUUUAUUCAGCAUUACUUUGUGCACGUGAGAUGCUAGCACCUGAGGAUGGUUCAGCUGACCUUAUUAGAGCACUUAAUAAUCGUCUUGUUGCAUUAUCGUUCCACAUCAGGGAGUAUUACUGGAUCGAUAUGAGAAAACUCAAUGAAAUAUACCGUUACAAGACUGAGGAAUACUCAUAUGAUGCAGUUAAUAAGUUCAACAUCUACCCAGAUCAGAUUCCUCCUUGGCUGGUGGAAUGGAUGCCCAAUAAGGGAGGCUAUCUAAUAGGAAACCUUCAGCCAGCUCACAUGGACUUCCGUUUCUUUUCACUUGGAAACUUGUGGUCUGUUACAAGCAGUCUUGCAACAAUAGACCAGUCACAUGCCAUUUUGGAUCUGAUUGAAGCAAAAUGGGCAGACUUAGUUGCACAGAUGCCUUUAAAAAUAUGUUAUCCUGCUCUUGAGGGACAGGAAUGGCGAAUUAUCACUGGCAGUGAUCCCAAGAACACACCUUGGUCAUACCAUAAUGGGGGAUCCUGGCCAGCAUUGCUUUGGCAGCUUACUGUGGCAUGCAUAAAGAUGAAUAGGCCAGAGAUUGCCGAAGAAGCCGUCAAGGUUGCUGAGAGGCGCAUAACUGGAGACAAGUGGCCCGAAUAUUAUGACACCAGAGGAGCAAGAUUUAUUGGAAAACAAGCACGAUUAUUUCAAACCUGGUCAAUUGCAGGGUAUCUUGUGGGGAAGCUCCUACUGGCCAACCCAGAUGCAGCAAAGAAUAUAAUAAAUGAAGAGGAUUCAGAUCUUGUUAAUGCUUUUUCCACUAUGAUUAGUGCCAGCCCAAGGAGAAAACGCCCCUGGAAAAUAGCUCAAAAGACCUACAUCAUUUGAGUUCUUACAAUGAAGCUAAAAGGAAUGCCAUGGCAGACACAGCCCGCUGUACAGUUUGCAAGGGAACUGUUGGAUAAUGCUGGAGCUAGAUCCGAGCGGACAUCCCAUGGGGCUAGCUGCUUGCUUGUUUUGCAUCAUCUAUCAUAAGAUGUCCAGUUGGUUUGUUGGACCUAGGUUGAUAUUUCCCUCUUUGAUUGUAGUAAAAAAUAAUACUAAUACUACAGAAAUAAUACAACUAUAUUUUCCUCUGA